AUGGUCAGACACCGAGUGCUCGAACACGGCUUUGAGCGGCGCGUUAAACCCAAAUCGUUUGCCUGUCUGUGGCCGGGAUGUGACUACCGGACCACUAAUAAUCAUAUACUGAGUUUGCAUCAAAACACUCACACCGGCGCCCGUCCUUAUCAGUGCCAAUGGCCCGAUUGUGGCAAAGCGUUUCCCAUUCCCAAGAGUCUUAAGGAUCACAUGAAUAUUCACAAUAAUCUCAAACCGCACGCCUGUCAUUGGCCGGGAUACAAACAACACUUCAGACUAUUGUCGCUACGAUUGGAUCAAUUGAGUGACAAACAAACGGAGCAAACAAUUGGAUCACAAAAACCACAACAAAAGAGAGUCUAUAAGAAGAGGAAGACAUCAGAAAUAGUAGUGAAACGUGAAGACAAUGAUUUCGGGGGAGAAGUGGUCACUAAUAAUGAAGACUCGGAUCAGACAAAAGCGAACCAAAACACAAAAGUAGUCAAACAAAGGACCAGUCAUUUCAAUGACAACAAUAUCAACCCUAAAGCCACUGAAGAGGACAAGUCGUGGAAACCAUCGACAACUACGAAGAGUGGCUACAAAACCGGACGACGGCGUCGACUGAAACACACGUACCGUUUACUAAACGCGAAGCCCUAUCGAUGCGAUCGGUGUGACUAUCGGUGCAAAACUGCAUCAGCCCUUCGCGUCCACCAAUCGUCUCACGACAACCCAAUCACUGCCGCUAAACGGCAACUAAGGGCCGACUUUGAACGCCGCUGUCGUAUAGCCGGCACCGGUCAGUACAGGUGCGCCGAAAUUGGUUGCGGCCGUGAGUUCAAGGAUUACGACGCGAUUCGGUCCCACAUUAAAGGUGUUCACGAGACUGUGCCCACACACGCCUGCGAUCAGCCCUCGUGUGGCAAAGUGUUCAAAACCAAAAACGGCUUAAGCCAACACAUAAAGAACGUGCACAACCGGGAGCGCCCGUUCCGGUGUCCGCACGACGGCUGCGACGGCCGGUUCUACAGUCAGAGCCAUUUGGACGCACAUCUGGUCGUACACCAGACGGCGCGGCCCUUCCUAUGCGAUCACGAGGGCUGCGGCAAGAGUUUCAAGUCUCACAUUCACCUCAAGUUCCAUAAAGUCCGUCACUCUGGCCAACGCACGUUCAGGUGCACCGUCGAUGGCUGUGACGCCCGCUUUUUCACUCACAAACAGAUGGCCAAACACCGAGUGCUCGAACACGGCUUUGAGCGGCGGGUUAUACCCAAAUCGUUUGCCUGCAUGUGGCCGGGAUGUGACUACCGGACCGCCAAUAAUUAUUCACUCAGUUUACAUCAAAACACUCACACCGGCGCCCGUCCCUAUCCGUGCGAAUGGCCCGACUGUGGCAAAGCGUUUCCCACUCCGAAAGGUCUUAAGGAUCACAUGAAUAUACACAACAAUCAUAAGCCAUACGCUUGUCAUUGGCCCGGAUGUCAGUAUCGGUGCGCCAAUAGUGGCAAUAUUGUCAAACACUAUAAACAAGUGCAUCAAAAGUGA